GCAUCAGAUACUUCAUUGCAUGGUUUUUUAGUACUUGUUAGUUUUUACUAUUCAUUUUCAGGCGUUGCCACAAAUUAGCUGAACAUAAUGGAUGUACGGAUAUUAACGUAUUGCUGCUUGCUGGCAGCUUGCAUUUUGCAGAUCUCUCCAGCCGAGGCGAAAAAUAAGACGAAGUCAUGCGGCAGUCACGGAAGUAAAGGAUGUGAUUCAGGAUUAAGCCACCACAAAAAUUCUACUAGCCAUAAAAACAGCACAUCCCAUCCCGGUGGAGUGGAUAAGACGCAUGGUCAUGGCCACGGCAGCAGCGGUCAUCAUCAUGGGGACGAAGACACGUCGCAGGGUGCUAAAUGCGGCAAACAUCAUGGUAAGCACCACCACUGUGGAAACGACGAAGGCGGCGGAAAACAUAACGACACGGAUCAUCGUGGAAAACAUGGCCAUCACCGCGGAGGGAAACACGGGUCCGGCAGCGGCAGCAGUGGGAGUGGUGACAACGAUAGUGGCAGUGGUUCCGGUGGUGGUGGCAGUGGCGACAGUAGCAGUGGCAGUGGUGAUAGCGGUGGUGGUAAUAGCGGUAGCAGUGGUGGCAGCAGCGGCGAUAGCAGUGGUGGCAGCAGCGGCGGUAGCAGUGGUGGCAGAACUGGUGGUAGUAGCGGGGGUUCCGGCAGCGGCAGCGCCGGCAGCAGUGGAUCCGAUAGCGGAAGCAGCGGUGGUAGUAGUGGCGGUAGCGGCGGCGGUAGUGGCAGCGGCAGUAGUGGAGGAGACACGGGCAGCAGCAGUCCUGUGAGCGGAGGAAGCAGUGGAUCGGAUAGUGGCAGUGAUACAGGAUCUGCGAGCGGUGGAAGUAGUCCCGAUAGUGGUAGCAGCGGUGGCGACAGUAGCGGUUCAGAUACCGGUGGAAGCGGGAGUUCCGAUGGAAGUAGUGGCACCCCUGAUGAUGGCAGCUCCAGUAGUAACGACACCGGUGCAGAGAGUACCGGUGCUGGGGGAAGUGGUAGUAGCGCGGGUAACAGCCCCGGAACGGGAGGAGGCCGUGUUCCAGUUCGUAUUAUCCCUGUGGCUGUUCCCGUUCCCGUCCGCGGGGGAUCGCAUCAUUCGCAUCAUCUCCACCAGAAGACGGAAAGUUUCAAGCACAAACCGAAGCAGCUCAAAAAGCGAAAGCACCAUCACAAGCAUAACUCAGGAGCAGGAAAGGACAACGGCAAAAACAAACACGAAGGUGGAAGAAAUAAGGAAAACGAAAAGACAUAAGUUUGAAAGGUCAUUCUUGUUAUGUUUUCUGUGUGCUCAGACACGUUUUAUAUUUUAGGGUGUACUUACUUCAUUUGUAUAGCCAUUGAUUUUAUAUUACAAUGUAAAUUGUGCCAAAGUUUUUAAUUUAAGCGUAUUUAAUGGACUACAAUUCCCAGCUGCCAACCGCCAUAUGCAAACUGGUUUUAAAAACUGUGAUGAUAAACGAA